ACAAAUUUGACAGGCAUCACGAUAUGUUCCUAAAAUCAUCGAACGAAGGCGCGUCCGUAAGGAAACCCGGUUACAGCUCGACGAAUUUCCUCUGUAGGGGCUACGACAGUUUGCCGCAGUCGGUGCUGUUGAACGUAUUCAAAUAUUUGCACGAGGACGAGUUGCGAAGGCACGUGAUUUUCGUGUGCAAGAAAUGGCGAGCGUGUGCCGAGCACAAAUCCCUGUGGAAGACGCUGGAAUUCGCCGGCUCGAAGGCGAAGAACGCGCUGAUCAUCAGCAGGAUAAUGAAAUACGAUUCGGCCGAGACGAUUAUAUUGCGUCGAAUAAAAGAACCGGCUCCGGUGGUGCAGCAAAUCUGCAGAUUCAACAGGAACAUAAGUCACCUAACGCUGAGGCAUUGCCAGGAAAUCGACGAGGAUUGUUUGAGACAGCUGCUGGAGACUUGCAAGAAUUUGAAGAGCUUGGACUUGAAAGGUACCGGCGUUAAACUCUCGAUCGUUUGCGAGGAGCUGGCCUGCGCCGAAUCGCUUUCCUCUCUAAACAUCGGUGACAACAAACACCUCACGGUGCCCCUGGUGGCUUCGAUAAUCGUAAAUUGCCAUCACCUCGUCGGGUUCCACCUCUGCAAGUUCCAGCCGGCGAACAAGGUGUUCCUGACGGACGUGGACAUCGGGCUGUUGUUCGCCAACACCAACUACCGAUUGGAGGCGCUGACUUUGGAUUGCAGCUCCUUCGGCAGGCCUACGUUCAGCGCCAUUAUGAAAUGCCGCAAGCUCGAGUACCUGUGCUUGAACUGCGCGCACAAUCUCGAGGGCGGCGUGUUUGAAACUAUGGCGGAGACCCUGACGCGCCUGAGGGCUUUAAAAGUUCGCUUCGGGUAUCAAAUAGCCGACGAUAACUUCAAGAAAUAUUUUGGAUGCAGGGAGAAUUUCGAUUUGGAGGAGGUGGAUUUCACGGGGUGCGCGAAAAUCGGCUCGGGCGGGUUGAAAUCGCUCGCGGAUUCCUGUCCCAAGGUGAAGUCGUUGGUGCUGAGGAACUGUCCUAACGUGGUGACUUUAGACGAGGUUUUCUGUAAGUGUCCCGGCAUUGAAACGCUGAACGUCGCGUUCUGCGGCAAGUUCAAUUUCAGCGACAACUGCGUGCCGGCUAAUUUGAAGCAAUUAUUCAUCAGCGAUUACACGCGAUUCGAGCGUUUCGUUAAGAAUUCUCGAAACGAUAAAGUCGCUGUAAGAAUUUGCCAAUCGGAGUACAAUAAAACCUACAAAACACUUUACGUUAACGCGUUUGUCUCAUUCGUCGCUAAAUCACUCGGAUUAUACAGGAUGUCACAUUAA